AUGGUUUUAAUUUUCAACCAUAAUCCCUUAAACAAAGUAAUAACUCUAGUAGCAAAAUCUAAAACUCUUAUUUAAAAAAGAACACCCUACAAAAUGUAUUUCCGACCAUGUUUGUGGGAGCCGGCCAGCAAACUGUGGCAAAGCCGCUGUGGAAAGCUGCUGGCCGCCCGGCGUAUCCAUGAGAUAAACGGUGAUAUUAUCACACCCUCUCAGGUGCGUGGCGUGGAUCACCUUCGCGAUCCCCGUCUCAACAAGGGUCUGGCCUUCACCUUGGAGGAGCGUCAGACUCUGGGCAUCCAUGGACUACAGCCCGCCCGCAUCAAGACCCAAGAGGAGCAGCUGCAGCUGUGCAAAAUCUCUGUGAGAAGGUACGAGGAUCCGCUGAACAAGUACCUUUACCUGAGCGACCUGUACGAUCGCAACGAGCGUCUGUUUUUUCGUCUGCUCUCGGAGAAUAUCGAGGAACUGAUGCCCAUAAUAUACACACCAACGGUGGGCUUGGCAUGCCAACGUUUUGGCAGGAUCUACCGACGCCCUAAGGGCCUCUUUGUGACCUACAAUGACCGGGGACACGUCUUCGAUUUGUUGAAGAACUGGCCGGAAUCGGAUGUACGUGCGAUCUGUGUGACGGAUGGUGAGCGUGUCCUGGGACUGGGAGAUUUGGGGACUAACGGCAUGGGCAUUCCCAUUGGCAAGCUGGCCUUGUACACGGCUCUGGCCAGGAUUAAGCCGCACCAGUGUUUGCCCAUUGUGGUGGAUGUGGGAACCAAUAAUCAACAUCUGCUGGAGGAUCCGCUCUAUGUUGGUUUGCGGCAGAAGCGAGUGGUUGGCAAGGCGUAUGACGACUUCAUGGACGAGUUCAUGGAGGCUGUAGUUCGGCGAUAUAGCCAAACUACACUUGUCCAGUUCGAGGACUUUGGCAACCAUAAUGCAUUUCGGUUUCUGGAAAAGUACCGCAAUUCGUACUGCACUUUCAAUGAUGAUAUUCAGGGCACUGCCGCUGCUGUGAUGGCCGGUUUUUAUGCCUCCCAACGGGUGACACAGAAGUCCUUUAAGGAUUACACCUUCUUAUUUGCCGGCUCGGGGGGCGCAGCCAUUGGUAUCGCCGAUCUCACAGUCCAGGCCAUGGUACUGGAUGGUCUCAGCAUCGACGAGGCCUACAAUAAGAUCUUUAUGGUAGACGUCGAUGGUCUGCUGACCAAGUCCCGCAACCUGGACGAACACCAGGCCGUAAAGUACGUCAAGGAUAUGGCACCGAUGACAAAUCUUGUCGAGAUUAUCAGCGCUAUCAAGCCUAGUGUGCUCAUUGGUGCAUCGGCCGCCGGCGGUAUCUUUACGCCGGAAGUCUUGCGUCUCAUGGCGAGCAAUAACGAGAGGCCCGUGAUUUUCGCCUUGUCCAAUCCCACCAUCAAGGCGGAGUGCACUGCCGAAGAUGCCUACAAUCACACGGAGGGUCGUGUGGUCUUCUCGUCGGGCUCGCCCUUUCCACCGGUCACGAUGGGUGAUAAGACUUUUUACCCCGGCCAGGGCAACAAUGCCUACAUCUUUCCGGGCAUUAGCUUGGGUGUGAUUUGCACCGAAACUCAUCACAUACCCGACGAGAUGUUUCUGAUCGCUGCCAAGGAAGUGGCCAAAUUUGUGGAGAUCAGCGAUAUUGAGCGCGGGUCACUGUAUCCGCCCCUGUCCCGGAUCCCGGAUUUGUCAAUGAACAUUGCUAUAGCCGUUACCCAAUGUGCCUACGACAGAGGCUUGUCUUCCAUCUAUCCGGAGCCGCAGGAUAAACGCAAGUGGCUGGAAUCGCAACUCUUCGACUUUAACUACGAGUCAUCAAUGCCGAAAACAUGGUCCUGGCCCGAGUUGCCAUAUAUCAAGACUCGGGCUUUAACGCAGACUCCCUCUGAUCUACUUAUAAAAGGAAAAGAGAAUGAUAAGUAGGAUGGGGAAAUUGAUUUAAUCUUUAGAGAUCCAGUGGAAGAGUCAACGCAUUUUAUAUGUAAAAUUUACUAGUUUUUGUUCUUAAGUUAUUUUAUUCUGAUUUUAUCGUUCAGUUUUCUUUUAAUUACAGAUA